AUGAGUCGAGUGCUGCUGGAGACUACCGUACCUAUCCUAGCACACGAGGAUUGCGCCAAAUCCUACCAGGGGCUACUGGACAUCGACGAAAACCACCUGUGUGCAGGCACCAGUGCGGGAGACAGAGACGCUUGCAAGGGAGACUCCGGGGGUCCGCUGAUGCUCCCAGACGAAGACCAGAGGUUCUCUGUGAUCGGAGUCACUUCCUUCGGGGUCCAGUGCGGAGACUCGGACUUCCCCGGAGUGUACACCAGGGUCAGCCGUUACCUGAAAUGGAUUACUUCUAAACUAGAAACACUGGGUGCCUCGUAG